CAAUCAAAUGGCUCCGCGGGCCCCUUACACGCGGGACCGCCCCCUUGCCUGGUUAGCCCUAGCAUCUUCGGGAAACGGUCCAAUGGACGUAAGCACAGAACACAUCCAUCCUUUUCGGAAGGUCGCGGCUGAAGCACUUCCGGAUCCUGGAGAGCGUUUAUUCCGUGACCAGGGGAAACGGUAGCCAUGGUAACGCGAGCUUCACCCUUUCCCAUUGACUCCUGGGGUCACGCUGCGAGCGAUUCCAACUCGGCUUUCGCAGUCAGCUUUCUGUUUGGCGGUGCUUCGCGGAGAAGACAAACACUUGAGAGGUUGAAAGUCCACCGGAGCAAUUUCGGAUGCGGUGGUGAGAAACCACAGUUCCCGGCAUGCAACGUACUAGGGGAGCCACUGUAGUGAAUGCUGGGAAUCGUAGUCUUUGGCUUCCGCACCAGCUGCGUAGUUUGGCCCUUUUUUCCUGUUCUCGCUGCUUGUCUUUAAGGGAACUCUGUCCUGUGUGUUUUAUCAUUCACAUCUCGUUCUGAUUGGAGUACAGAUCUGUGCGUAUUCAGGACUCUUCAGUGUACAUAGCUUUUAAAAGAGGCCUGGACAGCCUCCCUGUUAAGGCCGCCCGGUGUUACGAAAUCGAGAUCGACCUGAGUCUGGGCUCCGCCUCCGCCUCGGGAACUCGCGUUUCCGAAUCUAUUUUGUCCAGAGUCACUUGGGAAUCCUGAGCCUUCAACUCCUCCACACGUUCUACGGUCAGAAUCCUCAGGCCUUCCAGAUUGGGUUUACAGAGCAGUUAUUAAUGCCCUCGACUCCCUCACAAAGUACAAAGGCAGUGAGUGACUUGGCAGUUGUAGACUCCCCACCCCCUGCCGUAAGUCAGAUGGAGAACCUGGUGGUAAAGUCCAGUUUAGUGCCGAAAAGGAAAACCCUUAAUUUAAGGGGUGCAGGAGGAUACACCUGCAGAUAUUUGAAAGCAAAAACCCGUGGUGCUGCAAAUGAGAACGAGAUUACAGCUUUGUAACUUCUUAGAAACACCCCCUUGUAGGCGUUCAGUACAGUAAAAAGCCAGGUGUUUUUCUUGUGAGGGAAGUCCAUCACACUCACUAAGCUUGUGCCUUAGGAUAAAUUACCUGCGUCCUUUUAACCUAGCCUUUACAUUAUCUUCUAUCCGUACCUGUGCCCACCCGCAACAUCCCCCCCUUCUUGGUUCCUCCAGCAAAACUGAACUUUGAAUUUGUUUUCAGACAAUCAUCCAAAUUCCUGAAGACCAGCUUCUCAGUGACCGGCUGUCGUAGUCUUUUACAACUUGCCUUAUUUAGUCCUGACUUAAACUAGAUUGUUUUUCAACUCUGAUCCAUCCAUUGGCUGGCAUUUUUCACCUUCCAAUUUUGAUAAGAAAAAACCACUGGGGAGAACGAUGCCCAUGUGUUCAUGGCAAACAUAAUUAGGAGGAAGACUUAAAAGCAGUGGGAUCAGUGGAUGAAAAUUGGUGUAUUUUAAGUGUGACGUUGUCCCUGAGCGAGGAGAUAUGAAACAGAAGACAGAGGAAAACAUAGAAAGAUACGCCCAGUUCCUUUCACAGCCCCACAAACCCAUUCAGCCUUACAUCUGCUCAACUCUGAAUGAUUUUCAAGAAGAGAGAGACUUUUUGGCAAAUAACAUCUUCCCUCGCCUUAAUACACUCUGCAAUUCCCGAGGCACGUAUUUCAAAGCUGUGGACCUGAGUUGGUCAGCAGCAGAGAUCCCCGAAUCCUCCGCAGCCAACCUGUUUCGACAGCAUUCUUGUCUUCAGUCACAGCACCUGAAGCUCUGUCUGGACUAUGUGAACAGCUGCUUUCCCUUUUUCAUCUGCAUGCUGGGUCAGACCUAUGGAGACUUUCUCCCUGACUACUCACCUUUCACAUUCUUCAAAGCAACUGACUUGUCAAGUUUAUCCAAACUAGAACAGAAUCUCUAUGUUGCUGCAAAAAAUGGUUAUCCUUGGGUCCUGGAGAAUCCCAACUGCAGUCUGAUGGAGUUUGAGAUCAUUCAAGCAGCAUUUCGGAAUGAGUCGGAAUUUCAGUAUUUUUACUUUCGGAAGGGAGCCACGCUGAAGACAUUAGACAAGGAAAAGGAAGAGAAGCCGCCUUCUGAUUCUACAGCAAAUGAAGAAAAAUUGAGGGUUGGAAAGCUUAAGGCCAAGAUUAUUAGUAAAGGGCUCCCGGUCCGAUUUUAUACAGAUCUCCGUGAGUUGGGUGAGCUGCUUUUCAAGGACUGGUCGGUUGUGAUAGAAAAGCUUUACCCAGCCACUCCAAGGAUUGAAAAUAUAGACUCCAAGCACAGGUUUGAACGUUCCUAUCAUGAAGAAUUUACUGAGAAGUGCGAGCAAGUGUUUGUUGUUUCCAAGGAGUCCAAAAGGACCUUUGAAAUCUUGGAAAAAUUUGCCUUGAAGGAUGUGGAACUGGAUUUUAACAAUGCAGGAGCAAAUUCCAGUUUAGAUUCUGUUCUCAGAGUAAAUUCUUUUCCAGCUUUCAAGUCUAUUUUGCUUUUGUCUGGAGAACGUGGUUGUGGGAAGUCCACUUUGAUUGCCAACUGGGUGAAUUAUUUCAAAAAGAAAUAUCCGAACGUGUUGAUGAUAUCUCAGUUUUUGGGGAGCACCUGUGAAAGCAGUGACAUCACGUCUGUGAUUCAUUACUUCAUCACAGAAUUACAACAAGAAAACUACGGUACUCAGCUUGAAAUGGAUAUCUUUAAUGAAGACUCAAGUGUCUUGGUCUUUUCACUUCUUGUAGAGGUGUUCAUUGCUUCUAUCAGUUUAAAGCCAUGUGUACUUGUACUAGAUGGAAUUGAAGAACUGAUUGGCAUUUAUGGGACUUCAGGUCAGAAGGCAAAAGAUUUUUCCUGGCUGCCGUGCUCGCUCUCUCCUCAUUGCAAAUUUAUCAUGAGCACUGUCUCUUCCAGCCUGUCCUACAAGUCGCUAUGUGCCCGCCCAGAUGUGAGAACGGUGGAACUCAUUAGCCCAGGAGAUGAAGAAACAAAACUCAACAUCUUUAGACAGCAUCUUUCCAUUGUCAGCACUGACCCCUUCCAACAGAGUAGAAAAGCUUUAAAGAAAAAACCAGACCUGAGUCCUUUAAAACUCACGAUCCUUGCCAGUGAGUGGAAAGAAUGUAGGAUCUACCGGAAUGAGUUUCAGUGUAUGAGGGAGUACUUGGAGGUGGUCUCUAUUCAGGAUCUCUGGGAAUUGAUCCUGAAACGCUGGAUUGAAGACUACAGUUGGACUUUACAACCAAAAAAGGCAAAUUCUGAAACUGUGGCUUUGGGAGAAGGGCUGGAGGGCUGGGUAGCUGACGCUCUGGGCCUCCUGUGCAUUUCCCACUGCGGGUUGGCUGAGGAUGAGCUGCUGGAGCUUUUGGACAUGCUGGGCUACAAGGAUCAGUAUAAAGUCACCACCUUGUACUGGGCUGCCUUCCGCAAUGCGACCAAGCAGUGGGUCCAGGAGAAGCCCAGUGGCCACCUGCACUUCCGGCACCAGUCGCUGCGGAGUGCCGUGGAGCACAAGCUGCUUGGUGUCCUCACUCCCAUCAGAGAAUGCAAUCCAUAUCCAUUUCAGAACCCAACAAAUCAAAAGAGGACGUAUUUUCACCAAAUCUUGACCAGAUAUUUCCAGCAACAAAGCACUUUCUGGAGAGUCUACGAAGAACUGCCAUGGCACAUGAAAAUGAACAGGUCCUGGAGGGGGCUGUGCAGCUUUCUCUCAAGCCCCAGUAUCAUAGACUUUAUAUCAAGAAUCCAAAGCCCAAGCUUCUGGACAAGGCUGCAGCUCGUUCACUACUGGAACAUCUUAUCGGAAGCUGGAUAUGAUGCUUCUGGGGCCUACUUACUCUCAGUGGCCAAGAUCAAAGCAGAUCAAUGCCACAAACUGAAGAAGAGAUUGACACUCUCAGCGCUGGAAUGCAGACUUUUUGAGGUCACUGCCACUGACAAAUGCCGAUUACUGUUCUUUAUCGCAAGUUUUUUGAAGCUUCUGGGCAAGACCAAUGAAGCGGAAGAGCUAUUCUUGAUUGUUGAGGACAUGUUAAUGCAGAGCCAAGUUAUGACAGAUAUGCUUUUCAAAGUACAGAAUGCUAUCGGAGAGCUGUAUCUGGAAAUAGGGAUGACUGAAGGAGGGUUCCAGUAUUUCCAGAAAGCAUGGUCCAACCUGCUGUGUUUUUCACCCAGAGACUUAAAAGAGAGCCAGAGCCUGGUGAAGCAGAAAGUCAGAGUGCUGUACAACCUGGCAAAAUCAGCGCCUCGGGAGUUCUUAAAAGAAAAUGACAUUUUGGAAUGUGCUACCAAAAUUUCCAAGUUACUGGACAACAAUCCCUAUGAUCAAGCUACUAUGAAAUACGUCGAAGGUGUUCUGAUGUUGGUUGGUGGAAACAUUUCUGUUGCAAAAGCAAAACUUCAAGAGUGCUUAAAUAUCAGGAGAAAUUUGUUUGGGGAGAAAAACAUGCUCGUUGGAGAAAUUAGGGAAUUGUUAGCAGAUUUACUAUUUUUUCUUCCAGACAAUAGUGCAAAAUCCCAGAUGAAGCAAAUAAUUGAUUAUUAUAAGCAAGUGAUAAAAGUAAAGGAAAAUGCAGACUCUCUCACCAACUCCUCACUCAUCAGGAAACAGCUGAAUGUCAGCCUUAGCGACACCUUGUGUAAAUUAGCAGGCCAAUUAUUGAUAAAUGACUCUUGUCAUCACAGCAUGAUUGAGGCGGUAGGCUAUUUGUACAAAUCACUUGACUUAAGGGCAACCUACCUGGGACCUUCUCAUUCAUCCAUCCAUGGAAUCCUGCAGAUUCUGAGGGAAAUCAAGUGGAUUCGUGGAAGAAGAUGUGGGCCUCAAGGCAUUAGCCAACCAUGUGAGGGUUUUAGGAAUGGGUUAUCCUUAUGGGACUAUUUGCUUAAAUUAAACUAUCACAGUGCUCAGAAUUCUAACACAGUGAGCUCUGCAUUGUGCCUGGGUGCAGAUAAGUUCCAGAGAGCUAAAAGUGUGGACUUGCAACCUCACACAAGUUCAGAGAAGUCAAAAUGUGUAAAACAGAAAAAGAUCUUGAAACCCAUUCUUUCCAUUUCUGCUGAGGAAAAGCCCCAACAGAAGACACCAAAUAAUGCUGAAAUCAGGAAUAGCCCAGGAAAGGGAGCAUCAAAGAAAAAGAAAGACUAUUCCCCUAAGAUUUCAUCUUUGCAUAAGAUGAAUAGUUUAGUGAAGUUGUCAAAGCAGAGGAUUUUGUCAGCUAAAAGCGAGAGUGGAGAAGGCCGAAUCACCACUAUUUACUGCCAUCCCCUGGUGUCGCCUCUUACUGCAAAUAAUCCUUGGGAAUCCAUAUCUGAGCUCAUAUCAGAAAAGUGGCUUUUUCAUGGCCCAGAUUAUAGUUCAAGUCAGAAGUGUUUUUUACAGGGAAGAUGUCAGAUGGAAACAAAAUUGUUGAAGACCGCAAAUUAUAUUGAUAAGGAAUAAAAAUUAUA